AUGUCCAUCUAUCAGGACACCAGAUCGCCCCAUCAGAACACCAUGUCACUCCAUCAAGACACCAUUGUACUCCAUCAGGACACCAUGUCUCCCCAUCAGGACACCAUAUCUCCCCAUCAGGACACCAUGUCUCCCCAUCAGGACACCAUAUCUCCCCAUCAGGACACCAUGUCACUCCAUCAGGACACCAUGUCUCCCCAUCAGGACACCAUGUCACUCCAUCAGGACACCAUGUCACUCCAUCAGGACACCAUGUCACUCCAUCAGGACACCAUGUCUCCCCAUCAGGACACCAUGUCACCCCAUCAGGACACCAUGUCACCCCAUCAGGACACCAUGUCACUCCAUCAGGACACCAUGUCUCCCCAUCAGGACACCAUGUCACUCCAUCAGGACACCAUGUCACUCCAUCAGGACACCAUGUCACCCCAUCAGGACACCAUGUCACUCCAUCCACCAUGUCAUCAGGACACCAUGUCACUCCAUCAGGACACCAUGUCACUCAUCAGGACACCAUGUCACCCAUCAGGACACCAUGUCACUCCAUCAGGACACCAUGUCACUCCAUCGGCAGGACACCAUGUCACUCCAUCAGGACACCAUGUCACUCCAUCAGGACACCAUGUCACUCCAUCAGGACACCAUGUCACACCAUCAGGACACCAUGUCACUCCAUCAGGACCCAGCAGGACACCAUGUCACCCCAUCAGGACACCAUGUCACACCAUCAAGACACCAUGCCACCCCAUCAGGACACCAUGUCACACCAUAAAGACACCAUGUCGUUCCACCAGGACACCAUAUCACGUUAAAUCAGGGACGCGGUGGAUGAACGGAGGUGACCCGAGUAGUACUGACCCUGACAGUGGAGGAUCACAAGGACACAAUGCAGCUAAUUUCCACUCUAUUAAUAAUGAACUACAGAAUGCCAAUCUACACGAUGUACAGGCACUACAGAUGUCACAACAACAUGUGGCGCCAGGCAUUGACUAA